CGGUGUUGUUGGAGAUGAGAUACACAUUAUCCUCGUGCAUUCUUUGAUUUUUCGUCUCAAUAAUUAGUAGUCGUGAGAAAAAGGUACAUCAUGCCUAAUAAUUUGUAUAUCCAUCUUGAUUUUCACCUUCAAAUCAAACCAACCAAUAAUCGACUUCGACAGUUGUACUGCUGCUUUCUGAAAGAUGAUGCACAGUCACACACAAGAGAAUGAGAAUGAAGGUGGUGAAGAGACGAACAUGGCAGCUUGGCUUCUUGGAAUCAAGAACCUGCAAAUUCAACCUUACCAUCUUCCUCCUCUAGGCCCUAACGAUGUAAAAGUCGAGAUCAAGGCUCUCGGAAUUUGUGGGAGUGAUGUUCAUCACUUCAAGAACAUGCGAGUUGCCAAUUUCAUAGUGAAAAAACCAAUGGUAAUCGGACAUGAAUGUGCUGGAAUCAUCAAAGAAAUCGGGCACAACGUGAAAAGUGUAGCAGUGGGUGAUCGAGUAGCCCUGGAGCCUGGUAUCAGUUGCCAAAUCUGUAAUCUUUGCAAAAAUGGAAGGUACAAUUUAUGCAAAAAGAUGAAGUUCUUCGGUUCUCCCCCAACCAACGGCGCUCUUGCAAAUCAGGUGAUUCAUCCUGAAAAUCUGGUGUUUAAGCUACCUGAUAAUGUGAGCCUGGAAGAAGGUGCCAUGUGUGAGCCACUUAGCGUUGGUGUACAUGCUUGUAGACGGGCCAAUGUGAGCCCAGAUACUAAAGUCUUGAUCUUCGGAGCUGGGCCUAUUGGGCUUGUAACCAUGCUGGCAGCCCGUGCAUUUGGAGCACCCAAAAUCAUCGUUGCUGAUGUCGAUGAUCUUCGAUUAUCAUUCGCAAAGGACCUUGGUGCAGAUGCCACCAUUCAAGUCUCGAAAAACAUCCAGGAUAUAGAAAAGGAAACAAGAAAGAUUUUGGAAGCCAUGGGUGAGAGUGUGGACAUAAGCUUUGACUGUGUUGGGUUUGAUAAAACAAUGUCAACGGCUCUGAAUGCCACCCGGGCUGGUGGUAAAGUCUGCCUUGUGGGAUUGGGACAGACUCAGAUGACCAUCCCUUUGGUUGCUGCAGCUUCAAGGGAAAUUGAUGUUAUUGGGAUAUUUAGAUACAGAAACACAUGGCCACUAUGUAUUGAGCUUCUGAGAACCAAAAAGAUUGAUGUGAUGCCACUUAUAACUCACAGAUACAAGUUUACACAACAAGAUGUCGAGAAAGCAUUUGAAACAAGUGCUCAGGGUGGUAAUGCAAUUAAGGUUAUGUUUAAUCUUUGAGGUUGAUUUGUUAAAGUAUGUUGUAUAGGGACUAGACAAUAAAUAUUAUUGUACACUAAGUUUUCUUAUAUGUAUACUUUUGUAAUGUAUGUUUUGUAUCCGAAAUUCUCUCAAACUUGCAAACAACUCCAGCCUAAUGGUUUAAACACAUCACCUUUUUUUAACAACUUUCUCAUUUUCAUAGCAUCAUCCCAUCUCUCAGCACUUGCAUAAAUGUUUGAUGAAAGAACAUAAUUCCCACUGUUAUCAGGAUCCAAUUCAAGGAGUCUGUUAGUGGCAAUCUCUCCUAUGACUAUGUUUCCUUGAAGCUUACAAGCACCUAGUAACAUCCUCCAUAUUAUCACAUCCGGAUCCAUUGGCAUUUCUUUCAUAAACUCAUAUGCUCUUUCAACAUCACCUGAUCUACUCAACAUAUCAACUACACAUCCAUAAUGUUUCAUUUCUGGAUGCAAUCCAUAGUCUCUUUUCAUGCUCUCAAAAUACUCCAAACCUUUAUCCACCAUGCCAGCAUGAGCACAAGCAAGCAACACCCCUACAUAUGUUCCAUGACUUGGCUUAGUGUUCUCCAUUAACAUAUUGGAGAAGAGGUCAAGGGCGUAAUUGGCAUUUCCAUUCACAGCAAGUCCUGAAAUGACUGAGGUCCAGGAAACUGAAUCUUUGUGUUCCAGUUUUUGAAACACUUCUAAUGCCUUCUCUGUUGAGCCACAUUUACAGUACAUAUCGAUCAAAGAGUUCCCAACGUAUAAAUCCUGUUUUAUGUUGUUUUUACAAAUGUAGUCAUGGACGGAUUUGCCCAUAUCGAUUGAGCCUAGAUGAGCACAUGCAGAGAGCACGCUAGCAACUGUGAUUUCAUCAGGUUUAAUGUUUGUGUUCAUCAUGUCGAUAAAGAGAGUUAAUGCAUCAGAGAAUUGAGAACUUUGAGAGUAACCAGUGAUCAUCGUAGUCCAUGAAAUGACAUCUCUUUUUGGCAUUUUAUCAAAUAGCUUCCGUGCAUCUGUUAAGUCGCCUGCUUUUGCAUAACCUGAGAUCAUGGCAUUCCAGGAAACCACAUUCUGUUCCUCCAUUUCAUCAAAUACUUCACGAGCCAAAUCCAUUGAACCAUGUCUUCCAUGCAUAUCGAUUAAAGUGUUUCCAAGGUAAACAUCCAUUUUUAUGAUAUUAUCUUUAAUGUACUUAGCCAUGGACAAUCCGAUGCUCUUGUCACCAAUGUUGAUGCAUGCUAAUAUAACCUUCACCAUUGUUACUGAAUCAGCGAUCAGAUCAGCUUCUUGGAGAAGAUCAAAAAGACGUAAAACCUCUUUAUAUCUGUUAGAUUGACUAUACCCACAAAUCAUGGAGUUCCAAGAAACCAAGUCUCUCUCAGGCAUUUCAUCGAACACUCUCUUCGCACAUUCCAACUGCUUACAUGAAGCAUACAUAUGAAUUAGUGAGUUGCAAACAUAAAGAUACGAUCUGAACCCCAUCUUAAACGAAUGUGCGUGAAUUUUUUCUCCAUAGCUAGCAUCUUGAGCACGACCACAAGCUUUUAAAACAUAUAUAGAGGUCAGGUUAUUUCCUAUCAAUCCUCGGUCGCGCAUUUCAUCAAACAAAUGGAGUGCAAAAACAGGACGAUCGCUCUGCGCAAAGCAUCGGAUCACAAUGUUCCAGAUAGACAAAGUGGGUCUUUCAAUUUGGUCAAAUACGAAAAGGGUCCUCUGCAGAUUACUUGGCUGAAGAGAAUAGGAUUGGAUUACGGGAAAUAUUGAUGAUGGGUCAGUGUGGAGAUGGGUUUUAAUCAACCGAGCGUGAAGCUCUUUAACGAAUACCAAUUUCUCCAUCAACCCACGAUUUAAUCAGGGAUCGCUGAAACAGGGGAACUUGCAAUUUACGUCUUCAUUAAGUUAAAAUAGAAUCACUGUUGGCAGUUGAAUAGCGACAUCUUGAUUUAGGGUUUAUAAUGGUCACUUGAGUGGAAGAGACUUGGUGUCGUGCUCGAAGAUAUGAGAUAAACAUGCCACUUGUGGUGAAGGUUCUGUUUGUUUCUCUCGGAAGAUGAAAG